AUGGACAUCUUUCGAACGCUGGCGGGCGGAGGUGCUCACUUCGACAAGAAACGUUUCCAAAAUGACCUCAAGAUCUUUGGUGGCGCUGCUGAUGAGCAGGCUUCUACCUCGACAUCCGGCAGCGCAGCUUCUGUCGGCAAGACGGGUACGAGCAAGCGGAAGCGUACAGCUGCUGAUCUGGGGACGAAUGGAGAGAAAAGCGGCUCAGCGAAUGGUGCUAAGCUGAUCGUGCCGGAUGGGUUGGACUUUUUCGGAUCGGCGGCCAAGACGAAAUCGACCACUUCGGCUGUCGAGCGAGAGGAUAGGCAGAGCAAGAAGGAUGGAAAGCGCAAAGCCGAUGAGGAAUCCGACGCUGAAAGCGGUAUCGACUCAAAUGAUGAACGCGAUGAAAUUUCAGAUGCAGCACCGGUCACAAAGGCGACGUUGAGCACCUUUCUCAAGCAGAACAAGAUCAAACUCAAAGGCACAGAUGUUCCCCUCCCGAUGGCAUCCUGGUCCGAGCUCGAGACACGCUUCCACGUCCAGCCAUGGCUACGCACCAACCUCGACAAGUGGGGAUGGGGCGUGCCCACCGCAAUCCAGAAAGGUGCCAUGCCUGUCCUCCUCGCAAACCGAGAUCUCCUCGCCGGCGCACCUACAGGAUCCGGUAAAACGCUCGCCUUCCUCCUUCCCCUCAUCCAUCAUCUCCGUGCACCUUCGAAGAAGGAAAACUUCCGAGCCGUCAUCGUCUCUCCCACGCGAGAGCUCGCCCAACAGAUCUACGAUCAACUCCGACGUCUCUCUGAAGGACGAAAUUUCCGCAUCUGCGUUCUCACCAAAACGUCCGAUGCCACCGCCAUCUCGAAGGCAUCCUCGUCCGACGCUAGCAAACGCAAGAAGUACGACGUGCUCAUCACCACUCCACUGCGACUCGUUCACGCCAUCGAAAAGGAGGAGGUGGAUCUCAGCCACGUACGACACUUGGUGCUCGAUGAAGCGGAUCGAUUGUUGGAAGAUGGAUUCCUGCAACAGACGGAUUCCAUCCUCGCCGCGUGUUCCCAUCCUCAUCUUCGCAAAGCUCUGUUCUCUGCCACCCUUCCUGCCGGUGUCGAAGAGAUGGCAAAGACAUUUAUGAUCGACGAGUGUCGCGUCAUCAUCGGCAACAAAGAUUCCGCGACCGAAAGCGUCUCUCAGGAACUCCAAUUCGUCGGUUCCGAAGACGGAAAACUCCACGCCCUGCGAUCUUUGAUCCAGGAAGGAGGACUCAAACCACCCGUGCUGCUGUUCGUACAGUCGAUCGAACGAGCAAAGGAUCUGUUCCACGAGUUGGUGUACGAUGGGUUGCACGUGGAUGUCAUCCAUUCCGAACGACCCAAGCUGCAAAGAGAAGGUGUCAUCAGCGCCUUUAAGAGGGGCGAUGUAUGGGUGUUGAUCUGUACGGAACUGAUGGCCAGAGGUAUUGAUUUCAAGGGAGUCCAGUUGGUGAUCAACUACGAUUUCCCUCAAUCCGUCCAGAGCUACAUUCACAGGAUCGGCAGAACGGGUAGGGCAGGCAGGAAGGGUAGGGCCAUCACUUACUUUACGAAGGAAGACGCGGGUCAUUUGAAGACCGUGGUCAAUGUCAUGAGGCAGAGCGGAUGCGAGGUGCCAGAGUGGAUGGUCGGGUUGAAGGGCCCGGGGAAGAAGGAGAGGAAGAAGCUGAAGGCGAGGGCUCCUGAGAGGAAGGGGAUUAGGACGAGCGCGGCGAGCAGUGUAGGGAGGAGGGAGGCGAACAGGAGGAAGGAGAUGGUCGCUGCUAGUAAGCGAAGGAAGGUGGAGGGGACGGGGGAGGGAACUCCGAAGGGAAAAGGAGGGGAAUGA